GUGAGAAUAUCGCGUGUUGCUGGCGGCCCGGUUCACCACCCGGCGCUAUCACCUCAAACCGCGCUGGUGGUGAAAAUUGUUGCCCUUUCAUCCACGCCGCGAGUGGAAGCGAAAUCGCGGCAACGCGAAACGCCAAGCGUAGCCGGCAAUAUCCGUCGGCAAGCAAUGAUGAAUUUCUGCGGCUGGUUGAAGACAUUCAAGCGCAAGGGAAAACGCACGGCCACCGACGAGGAUGAGGAUGUGGAUGAUGGCGUGGGUGAGAUGACGCAUGGUGAGACCGCAAACGGGGUGAAGGAGGGUGAACGGUCAACGAGCGAAAAACGCGCUAAUAGUGGCCGCUUCACGGGCUGGGGGAGAAAACUCAAAAGUGUCACUAAACAGGCCACCAGCGAGCGAUCCGACGGUCAACCUGGCGAUACGCCAACCGCAACCGAUGGUGAUGGGAUCGAGAAAAAAUCCAUCGGUGAUGCUGUGGAAGAGUGUGGGGAAAAUGAAGGUAACCCGAGGAAUAAAACCGCCCUCAAACCCGGCCACUCGCUGAUGGACUGGAUCCGGCUCGGUAACUCCGGCAUCGAUCUAACCGGCGUCGGUGGUCGCAUUACGCCCGUCACCCAUGCGGAACUGGCCAAGCACAAUCGGCCGGACGACACGUGGAUGGCCAUCCGGGGGAAGGUGUACAACGUGACGCGCUACAUGAACUUUCAUCCCGGUGGUGCCGAUGAGUUGAUGCGAGGCGCUGGCAAGGACGCAACCAAGCUGUUCGAGGAGGUACACGCGUGGGUGAAUUAUGAAUCCCUGCUAGCGAAAUGCUACAUCGGUCCAUUGCGCAACACGGUCACGCUUAAUCUCGGUGAUAGCUCGAAACCUGCCAGCAAACUGCCACCAGCACCACCAGCAUCGUUUUUGCAGGCAACAAAAUCAAAAGUAGCCCCAGUGGAAACGCAACAAUCACCGGCUCAGAGCACCACCGAUCGCGUGGACACCGGAACUGAAGACGCCACGACGCCUCCCAACGCCUUAACGAUCGUCAGCUCGACGAGUGACGAUUCGCUCCGGUUGUCCGUACCGAUCGUGCCACGGUUCGAUUGGAUCCAGAAGACGGCCGAGCUGACGCUCAUUUUCUACACCCGAUCGUUGGCCAAUCCCGGUGUGCUGGUGGAGUGCAUCGAUCACCUCGAGGUGACGGUGAACAUCCUGCUCGAAUCCAGCGUACAGCACCGGUAUCGAUUCCAUCUGGCGAAUAACGUGCGGUGGCCGUGUAUCGCCCGCACAUCACUUGAAUCGGGAAAAAUCGAGCUGAUGUUCACGAAACUAUGUCCCGCACUGUGGACCAGCUACGGUACGAUGACGUACGAACGGCGAGAAAAUUGUGAGCUGCAGCUGCACGAGUACGAUGUGGCAACGCGCGUUGAAAUCACGCACGAUUCCUGUGCGCUGUUACUGCGCCCGAAGAACAACUGCUUGCUGCAGGUGACCCCGGUCGGGUACCACGUGUCGGUGUCGGCCUCCAUCGAGGGAGAGUACGUGUCGCGCAGCUACACACCGGUGCCGAUGGGUUGCGUUAGCACCGAUUGUCCCGGGACGUUCGUGCCGUUGCUGAUCAAAUCGUACCCGGACGGGUGCCUUUCGAAGCAUCUCACGCGACCGGUACCACUCGGCACCUCGCUGCAGGUGUCGCAACCGAGCGGGAACUUUGUGCUUGGGAAGCUGAGACAUCACAAUCGAUUCGGGCUGUUGGCCGCCGGUAGCGGCCUUACGCCGAUGCUAGCCUUACUGCUUUACCUGCUCGAGCGGACGAGCAAUCGGAUAGAACACAUCUGCCUGCUGUACUUCAACAAAACCGAAGCGGAUAUCUGGUGCCGGGAGAUGCUGGAAAAUUUAUGCAAAAAGGACAAAAGGCUCACCGUAAGGCACUACCUGUCGGAGACGGAACAACCGGAACAACCGCCGGCUGACAAUUCGGGUGACGGCAAUCGGGCAAGCUUCGCCCACGGGCGUGUAACGCCGGAAAUUGUUCGUCAGCUGACGGCGAAGGAAUCCCCGCUGUACGCCACCUACUGCUGCCUGUGCGGACCGAAACCGUUCAACGAGCUCUGCCACCAGUACUUCCGUGCGACAGAUCAUAAUCCGAAGCAUCUGCACAGUUUCCAGGGUUAGAAGGUGUGACGCAAUGUGAUAGAAUCAUUAACCAGCCAACCGUCGAAGGAGUGAUGGAGAGAGAAAGAGAGAGAGAGAAAAAAAAGUAGUAUCGGGAGUACUACGAGCAUGUUUCAGCACCAGUAGCCUAGCCGCAUGCACUACAUCGAUAGCAGUAGGCUAUUGCAGGAGGGUACACCACGUGGUAGAUCAGCAGGCCAUGCACCGAGCACUGUCAUUCGUCGUAGAGCGCAAAUGAAAAUUUCAAAAACACACACACACACACAUUCGUUCGGCCGUUGUCAUGUGCAGCCCGUUAGAGCAAACUGUUGUUUAUUGUGCUGUAGAGUGUUAGGUGGAAACAAAACGCUUAUCUGUCACGCCGGGAAAGCCGGAGUGGGUGAGGGCAGAUAAUUUACGAAACGAACAUAUGAUAGAUGUCCUUUUGUUUAUGUUGUGCGCAGGAAGAAAUUAGGUGAUCACUGACACGGAACGGGCGGGAAAAAUGGCUGAAAAAGACUGGGAGCGUGUCGUGUUGAGUUAUGUUUUUUAUCCCACGCUCUUUUUCUGGACCGUUGGGGUGUUUGUCUUUCAUGUUCCAAAAAAAAAACACACAUUCUUUUUCUGCAUUUGUGGAAUGCAAUGUGAUGGCGGUAAAAAUAACAGGAAAAGGCGUGCCCCUCUUUGUACGCACUUUUGGGAAAUGCUGGUUGGGCGCGAGUGUCUUGGUUUUUUUUUUUUUCGUUUCCAGUUUUCACCGAAGCAAAACUAGUACUGAUCGUUAUCGUAAGCCUAGCUGGGUGUGUUAUAGUAGCAGAUUGAGGUAUACACAUAUAUAUACAUAUAUAGGCGGAGCACGUCGAACCGGAAGCGGGUUAUUCCGACACGCCGUGCAUGUGGCGUGA